CAAACUGAUUAGGCAUUCGGGGCGCUGAUCACAAUAAUUGAAAAUGGCUGCCCAAGAGGAGUUGUUGACAUGCGUGUGCGUGGUUCUCAGCGCACAUCCCGCGCUAUGCGGAUUGCCCCAUGUAGUGGAGGCUGUGAACUCGUAUGUAGACCCGUCACCACGGUGGACCAUCAUGCGUGCAGCGCGCUACGGCUCGGUGCGUUUGCUGGAUCGGUUGGCACUGAACGAGCGUCGAGGAAUAAUAACUCAAGAGAUUAAUGUGGACGAGGCCAUGGGGAAGGCAGCCAAGCAUGGCCACUUGGCGGCUAUCCAGUGGCUACACCAGUUCCGGCCUGAGGCGAGAGUGUCAGUCUUCGUACUCAUCACUGCGGCGGAGUUCGGACAACUAGAUAUCGUCCAGUGGCUUCAUAACAACCGAUCGGAGCGCUGCACGUCCGCGGCAAUGGACCGAGCAGCAGCCAACGGGCAUUUAAGUGUAGUACAGUGGCUACACUAUCAUAGAGAGGAAGGCUGCACCUACGACGCCAUGACAGGUGCGGCGGAGUUCGGUCACCUGGAUGUGGUCAUUUGGCUCCAUCACCAUAGAGAAGAAGGGUGUACAGUCCAUGCUAUGGAUCGAGCUGCUGCUAACGGACACUUGAACGUAGUGCAGUGGCUCCACGAGCACCGAGAGGAGGGCUGCUCGCGUCUGGCGAUGGACUUGGCGGCCCGGAACGGACACCUGGAAGUUGUCAAGUGGCUACAUGAACACAGGACGGAAGGGUGCACUGCCGCUGCGAUGAAUGGCGCUGCUUCAAAUGGACAUUUAGAAGUUGUGAAGUGGCUACAUGAUCACAGGGUAGAAGGCUGUACGAGCGUUGGAGUGCGUCAUGCCGCUGCGAACGGACAUUUGGGGGUGCUCGAGUGGCUGUAUGAACACUAUGGUGCUGUGUUCCAGCUCUCACAGGUCAACAUUAUGGAUGACGCAGCUUCUCGGGGACAAAUGAAAGUACUGCAAUGGCUGCAUGACAAUAAUGUGGAAAGCUGCACUACUGAAGCGAUGGACGGCGCUGCAGCUCGAGGGCAUCUAGAUGUGGUACAAUGGCUUCAUGCUAAUCGCUCUGAAGGCUGUACUGCAAAGGGGAUGGAUCUGGCAGCAUGUAAUGGUCAUCUGGAAAUUGUACGCUGGUUACACACACACUCAAACGCUGGGUGUACGCCAAAUGCAAUGGACUUGGCAGCCAAAGGUGGUCAUUUGGACGUGGUGAUCUUCUUACAUGACAACCGAUCCGAGGGCUGCACGUCCCGAGCCAUGGAUCACGCAGCAGAGAACGGUCACCUGGCAGUUGUAAGGUGGUUGCACGAACACCGUGAAGAAGGGUGCACCACAGAUGCCAUGAACGCUGCUGCUCGUAAUGGCAAUGUGCGGUUGCUGGAGUUUUUAUACUCAAAACGCACCGAGGGCUGUACGCUGCGGGCACUAGAUCGAGCAGCUUAUACUGGCCAACUGGCCAGUGUAAGAUGGCUUUUAAGCCACCUUCCCGACCAAUUCGACGAACCAGAGCGUGUUAGAGAAGCAAUGGAAGCAGCUAGGCGGGGUCGCGCUGAUCAUGUCGUCGCGUGGUUGCGAAGGCAUGUUGAGACUCAAGGAGAAUCUAUCAGAGCAGCUUAACUGUGCUGCUGUCAUGAAUGUGUCUUAUACGGUUACUGUACCUCUAAACUAAUGCAGGAGAUGCUUAUUAAAACUCAUACGUGAAGGAUUUCUUGGC